AGAUCGAUCCGUCCGUCCUCCGUCGUGUUCGUUCAGGCCGAGCGAGAUCCACUGCUGACUGCUCACUGCACCGAACCGAGAGAGCGUGGCAGGCAGGCGGGCGGCCGAUCACCGACGCCGACGCGGCGUCCACACGCGCCAACGGCCGAACGCACUCUCUCCCACCCCUCCGUCGUGCUCCACGGCCCAACCCAACCCUACGCACUCCUCCCCCCUCCCCCCCCGCAGCUACAUCUCCCCUCCCGCUUCGCCAGUCGCCACCGCGCGGCGGGAGCUCGCUGAAGAGCUUCCCCCCUCUCCCCCCAGGCCCGCGGCGGCGCCGGCUCGGCCCCCGUCAUCGCGCUAUCGUAGGCUCGCGGGCUCAGCUGAUCUGGUCAGCGAGGCGAGGUUGCCGGGGGGCCAGAUUCCGCUCCCGCCCGCGCGUGGUCUGGGGUGUGGGCGGUGGAUCGGCUGCGCGGGUCAUUAGAUCUAUGCCCGAGAUCUAAGGCGCCAGCGCCAGGUGCGGAGGCGGAGGCCGUGAGCCGGUGGCGGUCGGAGGCCGGGGACAGGGAUGGCGUGGUGGUCCGGGAAGGUGUCGCUCAGCGGCCUGCAGGACAUCGCCGGAGCCGUCAACAAGAUCAGCGAGAGCGUGAAGAACAUCGAGAAGAACUUCGACAGCGCGCUCGGCCUAGAGGAGAAGCGCGACGAUGAAGAAGCAUCAGGAUCGCGGACAUCCAACUCUGAUGGAAUAGGAUUCUUCAAUCCUGUCAUGGCUUUCAUGGGACACAAUGGUGAAGAAGAUGGCACUGAAGUAUCAGAAAAGCCACAAUUUCCAAAGGAUCUGUCAGUAGAGGAAGAAAAUCAUAGCACCCCAACUAAGAAACAGACAUCCGAGGUAGAUCAUUCAGAAGUAUCAGUAACAACAUUUCCAGAACAGCCUUCAAAAUCAGAAGAAGCUCAUAGUAUCUCCAAUGAGUCACCUGUUUCUAAGGCAGAUGUUUCUGAGCAGUCCAUAACACCACAAACUCCAGCACAUCCUUCAGUAGCAGAAGAAAAGCUUGAUGGCUGCACUGAGGCACUUGCAUCUAAGGUGGGUGAUGAUGAAGCAUCAGAAACAUCACAAUCUCCAGGACAUCCUUCAACAGUUGAAGAAAACCAGGACCAUCAAUAUAGUAAACAUUCUUGUCCUAGUGAUGAAGCAGAGCCAAAUCAGCUUAGAGAGUCUGCUGGAGACUUACCUGAUGGUAGUGCAUUUUCUUCGCCUAUCAAAAUAGAUAAAUCAGGUGACACCGAAACAGGUGAAUCUAUUGAUACAGGAAAGGAAGACACAUCUGAUGGGAAUGCCUCUCAGUCACAACCAGCAGAAUCCAUGCUAGCUAGUUCCGAUAAUAUAACUGAAGUUGAGGACAAGAUUGCUCAAGAAUACAAUGUCCCAAAAGAACUUAGUAGCCCACAGGAGAAUUGCGAUACAGUAGACAAAGUUACUCGUCUUGAAGUCAAAUUACAUGAUGGCAAUAUUGAUACCAAAAAAAGUGAGGAAGAAAGCAAUAAGAUGGAGGCAGGGGAAGUAUCUGUUGUUGUACAGGAGGAUAAUGUAAUGGAGCAACCUGAAGAUUUAAUGUCAAAGUCCAUAACUGCAGCUCAUGAUUCACAUUCGCAGAAUGAGUCAGUGGUCAGUUUGACCGAUGUACCUGCUGGACUAGGGGGAGUAGGCCCCGCAGAUAAUUUUACAGAAGAAGAAAAGAUUGCUAGAAUCACAGAUUUUCAGAUUGUGGACUCUGUUGUUUCUGUUGGUGAGCUAGAGAAAUUAAGACGUGAAAUGAAGAUGAUGGAAGCUGCAUUGCAAGGUGCUGCAAGACAGUCACAGUCCAAAGCUGAUGAAAUUGCAAGGUUGAUGAAUGAGAAUGAACAACUAAAAUCAACGAUCGAUGAUCUCAAGAGUAAGUCUUCUGAAGCCGAAAUGGAUGCACUUAAAGAUGAAUAUCACCAAAGAGUAGCAACUCUUGAAAGGAAGGUGUAUGCAUUAACCAAAGAGCGUGAUACACUAAGGAGAGAACAGAAUAAAAAAAGUGACGCAGCUGCCCUUUUGAAAGAAAAGGAUGAGAUCAUCAAUCAGGUCAUGGCUGAAGGUGAAGAACUAUCCAAAAAACAAGCUGCCCAAGAAGCUACAAUACGAAAACUGAGAGCACAGAUUCGUGAGUUUGAAGAAGAGAAACAACGUCUGAACUCAAAGAUCCAGGUUGAGGAGGCUAAGGUCGAAAGCAUUAAGAGAGACAAGAUGGCAACCGAGAAGUUGCUUCAAGAAACAAUAGAAAGAAAUCAGACUGAACUUGCAGCUCAGAAGGAGUUCUACACCAAUGCUCUUAAUGCAGCUAAAGAGGCUGAGGCAUUGGCUGAAGCAAGAGUCAACAGCGAAGCCAAAGUUGAACUGGAGAACCUUUUAAGAGAAGCUGGCGAAAAAGAAAAUAUGCUGAUUAAGACAAUCGAGGAGUUGAGGCUUUCUCUCACCCGACAAGAACAAGAGGCUGCUUUCAGGGAAGAAAGACUAAAAAGGGACUAUGACGAUCUUCAAAAGCGGUAUCAAGCUAGUGAACUUCGUUAUAAUGAACUGGUGACACAAGUUCCCGAGUCUACCAGACCCCUCCUAAGGCAAAUUGAAGCCAUGCAGGAGACAUCUGCUCAAAGGGAAGAAGCUUGGGCUGGCGUGGAGAGAACCUUAAACUCUCGCCUUCAGGAAGCAGAAGCUAAAGCUGCUGCUUCAGAAGAAAAGGAGCGGUCUGUAAAUGAACGACUGUCGCAAAGUUUAUCCCGCAUAACUGUUCUUGAGACCCAGAUUACAAUUCUUAGGACAGAGCAAACACAGCUGAGCCGAUCUCUUGAAAAGGAGAGGCAGAGAGCAUCUGAAAGUAGACAGGAGUACCUAGCAAUUAAAGAGGAGGCAGCAAUGCAAGAAGGGCGGGCUAAGCAGCUCGAAGAAGAGAUAAAGGAUCUUAGAGUUAAGCACAAGGAGGAGCUGCAAGAAGCAGCAGAACACAGGGAACUUCUUGAGAAGGACCUUGAAAGGGAAAAGGCUGCCAGGGCAGAAAUUGAGAAAACAUCUUCCCGUGAAGCGCCUAAAGUCCCACUUCCCGAUCAGACAAGAAAUGCCCCUCUCAGAAAGCUGCCUAGUUCUGGCAGUAUAAAUAGUCUAGAAGAAAGCCAUUUCCUUCAGGCUUCGUUGGAUUUAUCUGACAAUGCUUCAUUAGAGAGGCGAAUGUCUUCAGAAAGUAAUAUGUCAUAUUAUCUGAGGACCAUGACUCCAAGUGCUUUUGAGUCAGCACUUCGUCAAAAGGAUGGAGAGCUUGCUUCUUACAUGUCUCGCUUGGCCUCAUUGGAAUCUAUUCGGAAUUCACUGGCAGAGGAGUUGGUGAAACUGACAGAACAAUGUGAAAAGUUACGGACUGAAGCCGCUGCUGUGCCUGGCUUAAGGGCUGAAUUGGAAGCUCUGAAACAAAGGCACUUCCAAGCUCUAGAGUUAAUGGGGGAACGUGAUGAAGAGUUGGAGGAGCUAAGAAAUGAUAUUGUUGACCUAAAAGAGAUGUACAGGGAGCAGGUGGAUCUUCUUGUUAGCCAGCUCCAGGCAUUGGGUGCUCGUGUAUAGUGCCGGUAUGGAUUUGUCGUGCCAUCGGGCAAGGCAAGACAGGUCUGAGACUUGAGCAUGUUUUCCUUUUUAUUUUGUAACCGUACAACGGCACUGAAAAUAUUCGUCUGUACACAUCAAAAACACCUUCGGCGUUGGGUUUAGGAGGAUACGUUGUUGUAUACUAGAUCAAGUAGUUUCACAGUUUUACGUGCAUUCUUUUUUAUCUGUGUUCAUUGAAAUGUAUCAAAUUUGAAUCCAUUUGCAUGUGUACCUCAGAGGAAUGCAAUCAAUCAAUAAUAUCGAGAGCUCUUUUUAUGUC